AUGAUAGAGGAGGACAUUGGAGGAAGCAUCAAUAUUGAAAAUUCGUUAUUGUUUGCCGCAUCUGAUCCACCUUUGCGAGCAGAUGAAAUUGCAAAUUCUAAUCCAGUUCCUAAGCUGAAGAAUACGUCAGAGCGAUUGUAUGAUCAAGACUUCACGCCUCGAGAGUCGUAUGAUUCCAUUGAACAGGUGGAUUCCAACAACAAAGCUGCCAGGUUGUUUUCUGGUGAAAUCGUUACUCUCGAACGAAGAAUACGCCAUCAAGAACACAUCCGUCCCGAGGACAAGAAUAAACAUUACAUAGAUAUGGACUCCCUUUUUGCAAAAAUUGAACUCAAGAACAAAAUCAAGGAAAACUCCACCAAACUAAAUCUGAAAAUGGAACGUGUCACUUCAAAAUAUAUGCCCUUAUGGACCGAAAAGUAUAAACCACAAAACUUCCUACAAUUGUGCCCUGCAGGGAAUGAAAAGCAGUACCGAUUAAUUAUGCGAUGGCUUCAGAAAUGGUCGCCCUUGGUUUUUGGUGAAAAGGUUAAAGAAACUGAUGGAACUGACUCACUUGGCAGACCACUUCGUAAGAUUUUACUCAUACAUGGGCCACCGGGAGUCGGCAAAACAGUGACUACUCACAUCUUAGCUCGUCAAAUGGGUUACAAUAUUCAAGAGCUAAAUGCAAUGAAUAGUAUGGACACUCUUCCACAAGGAUCUGUGCAAAAUUCUGCUGGGAACAACCCUUAUUCAAAUGCGUCGAAUGCCUUGAAAUUAAAGAUUCAAAAUACGUUGACAUCCAACGCAGUGUCCAAAAAUGGGAAACCUUUUUGUUUGCUAAUAGACGAGUUGGAUUCAUUAGCCAACGUGAAUGAUGUUGUCAAGAUUUUGCAAGACAUUGUGAAUGCUGAUCAACGUGCAUAUGCAAAACAGAGACGCACAAGUGGGCUUGACAACAACGAUCAAAAAAAACCACGAAAGGCGGAUAGAAUUUUGAACAGACCCAUAAUUUGUAUUGCCAAUGACAUUUACUCGCGUCAACAAGGCAAGUUUGGACCGAACCCGCUAGAAAAAAUGAGGGCGAUCUCCGAUGUCGUUACAUUUCGAAAGCCUGCUAUUACGCAAAGAGCCACCGGUGUAAAAGUCAGUGGAAGUGCCAUGAAGUCCGUGAAGGAUUUUUUGAUGUCAGUCAGCGAUAGAGAAAAGUUGGGAUUGGAUUACAAAGACAUCGGUGAGAUUUGCGAGGUAUGUGAUGGAGAUUUGAGAGCAUGUUUGAAUCACAUGCAGUUUUCCGGAAGACGCGUGGCACGUUAUAAUAGCACUAAUAAAGUGUCUGCAGCAGACAAGCACAUUUCUUGGUACGCAAUGGUUGAGGAUGUAUUCAAGAGAGAUUCCCGAUUGAAAAAGGAGGAAAAUUUUAAUGUCCUUUUGCAAAAGUAUAUGGAUGGUGAUGGAAAAUCUAUAACUGGUAGUAUUGACCUGUUUGACAAGUUCAUAAAUGGGGUAUUCAAUAGGUACCUAGAUAUUGUUCACUUGCAGGAUGAUAUCUUAACUCGACCCAGCGAACUUAGUGAUUGGCUUCAUUACCACGAUUUUUUCAACAAUAAUUUUAAUGAUGCAAAUCAGUAUAAUGCGUUAAUAGCAUUGAAGAGCUGGUCGUUACUCAGUGAUUUAAAAAACUACAGCGACGUCAAUCCGUUGAUCCCAAACGUCAAGAACUUGUCAUUUGAGACGUUUGAGAAGUUGAAGGAGAACCGCCAUAAUGCAAGGACUGUGAUUUCAAAUGUCUCUCCUAGCACGCUUUUGGCUUUGGGGAGCACAAACGAUGCUAAUAUGGCCUGCUGCUUUCUCCCUUGUCUUACAAGGCUUCUUACUCCUAGCCUAUCUUCAAAAACCAAAAGCAACUUAAGCUCGGCGGAGAUUGGAAAGCUCCAAAAAGUUGUAAAGUUGAUUGAAACGUUCAAAUUGACACUUGAAACAAAGAAGGAUUAUGAAACAGGUCAAACAGAGUUGAAGAUUGGGCCAGACUGGGAUUCAGUUUCCAUCUUUGAUGCUUUUGUUGCCGGAAGAUCGAGCGUGAUCGAGCACAAGCAGCUUCAACUUAAACGACAGACUUUGUUCCCAUUGAUCAGUGCAGAAUUGGAUAACUUAAGGGUUUCACCAGAAGCCAAAAAGCACAAACUUGACAGUGCUGAAGAGUUUGGAUCAAAGAAAGCAAAACAUGAGGACACAACGUUUAAGUCUCGGUACGACAGUGUCAAGUCUGCCGCCAAGCCCGACAGUGAGACAGCCAAAAGACAAGUGCCUAGAAUCUGGGUCAAUUUCAAUGAAGGUUAUUCGAAUGCUGUUAGGAAAGAAGUUUGUUGGAAAGACAUCUGGUUGCCAUAA